GUCAUUGCCUAAACAAUUUAGUACUAGACGACCCUUUAAAGAUUAUUAUAAUCUGGAUACUGAAAAGGAUAACUAUACGAAAUUAUAUUCAGCCAAUAGUAAUGAUCAAAUUCGUUCUCAUAGGAUUUUCAAUCAAUUAUCACCUCUCAUUCAGUUCUACCCUACAACAAUAUUGACAUCGCCAACUGAAUCUUCAUCUGUAUCUAAUAAAGAGGUUACUAGUGAACAUGUUUCUGAUAUGUGUGAAGAGAUGAAAAUCAUGUUUAUAUGA